GUGAGCGUGUGCUUGCGUUUAGGGCUCAUUUAGCAUUGUUUUCCGACAAAACAAAACGUUGCCGCGAAACAAGCGCCGUGGGAAGGGGCUGCGGAGCCGGCUCGGGCUGUAGCCCCGGGCACCGGGCGAGCCAAGCUGCAGAAAUCCGCCCUCCGGUGCGAGCCGGCUGCCUUCCUCCCCACCCGGCCGGCCUCUCCGCGCCUGCCAGACCCUGCCGCUCUGCCCUGCUCCCCCUUCCACCGCCUGCCACCGUACCGCUCCCGGAGCGGGGCACGGGGGGCGGCGGAGGGCGGCCGGCCCCUACCGGGAGGGAGGGCGGUGCGCGCUCGUCGGCAGCGCCCGGCGCUGAACUCGCCGGCAGCAGGCACGGGGGGUGCCCGAGGGGAGCCACCGGCAUCGUUCUCCGUGCCCAAACCCCGAGGGCUGCCGGCCGCUGAGCUGCCUCCCCGGGCUGUCACCGCGGCCGAGGGGAGCAGCCCCCGCAAGGCCAGCGGGACCCCGCGCCCAGCGGUCACCGGCAUCUAAAGUUUCAGCCGCGUUUGUGCGAGCGCUGCUCAGUGCCAGGGAGGCGCGCCGCUGCCCUGCCGCUAUCCCGCGGGCAGGACUUGGAGCGGGGCGCUCGGGGGGCCGCCGGGACCCAGCAAGUGGCGAUGUGAAGUGCCCGCUGCUCGCAACGCUCCCGGGAUGCACGCUUCUCCAACCCCGGGGAGCGCCUCGGCUGGCUCGGAUCUGAGCACGAAAUCGUGCUAGAACAACCAGUGAGCUGUAAAUUGAAGGGAAGAUAAUUUCUGCUUGUGGUGGAAAAGAAAGGUGAACAACCUCCAUGGAAGACUCUCAGGAUCUAAGUGAACAGUCAGUAAAGAAAACGUGUACAGAAUCAGAUGUGUCAGAGCCUCCGAACACCAGGUCUAUGGAAAUGCAAGAUCUAGCAAGUCCUCAUAAUCUUGUUGGGAGCAGCGAUGCAUCAGGUAGCUCCAAACUGGAUAAACCUAAUCUCAGUAGUACAUCUGUUACAACAAAUGGAACAGGAGGAGACAACAUGACAGUUUUAAAUACUGCAGACUGGUUGCUGAGUUGCAGUACUCCCUCCUCUGCAACAAGUAUGAGAGAUCCUGUGUCUCUUCUUGCAGUCAAAACAGAGCCCAUGAACAGCAACGAAACAACAACCACAACUGGAGAUGGAUCGCUUGACACUUUUACUGGGUCAGUAAUAACAAGUAGUGGUUACAGCCCAAGAUCAGCGCAUCAAUACUCACCACAGAUAUAUCCCUCCAAGCCCUAUCCACACAUUCUUUCUACACCAGCAGCUCAAACAAUGUCUGCCUAUGCCGGACAAACCCAGUAUUCAGGAAUGCAGCAACCAGCGGUCUAUACAGCCUACUCACAGACAGGACAGCCAUACAGCCUACCUACUUACGAUUUGGGUGUAAUGUUGCCAGGCAUCAAGACGGAAAGUGGGCUCUCGCAGACGCAGUCACCACUGCAGAGUGGGUGCCUCAGUUACAGUCCAGGUUUUUCCACCCCACAGCCAGGCCAAACACCAUAUUCAUAUCAGAUGCCAGGUUCUAGUUUUACACCAUCAUCCACUAUUUAUGCAAACAAUUCUGUUUCAAAUUCUACAAACUUCAGUAGUUCACAACAGGAUUAUCCAUCAUACACAGCUUUUGGCCAAAACCAGUAUGCACAGUAUUACUCAGCAUCAACAUAUGGUGCAUAUAUGACCUCAAACAACACAGCUGAUGUCACUUCUUCAUCAUCAUCAACCUACCAGUUACAAGAAUCUCUCCCUGGCCUGACUAGUCAACCAGGUACAGAUCUACAUUCAGGGGAGUUUGACACAGUACAGAGCCCCUCCACGCCAAUCAAAGAUCUUGAUGAGAGAACAUGUAGGAGUUCUGGGUCAAAGUCUCGGGGUAGAGGGCGGAAGAAUAAUCCAUCACCCCCUCCGGACAGUGACUUGGAGCGUGUAUUUGUUUGGGAUUUGGAUGAAACAAUCAUAGUUUUUCAUUCACUGCUUACAGGAUCCUAUGCACAAAAGUAUGGCAAGUUGUGCUCUCCAUUCACUCCCUCAUUGUCUGAGACCUCUGAGUCCAUUUUCCUACUGCCUUCUGGAGAGCACGGAACAGAAACUCCUUGUGGAGAUCCACCAAUGGCAGUGACCCUUGGACUACGAAUGGAAGAAAUGAUUUUUAAUCUUGCUGAUACACACUUAUUUUUUAACGAUUUAGAGGAAUGUGAUCAAGUUCACAUAGAUGAUGUUUCUUCUGAUGAUAAUGGACAAGACCUAAGUACCUACAGUUUUGCAACUGAUGGCUUCCAUGCAGCUGCAAGUAGUGCAAACCUUUGUCUGCCAACAGGUGUAAGAGGAGGGGUUGACUGGAUGAGGAAGCUGGCUUUCCGUUACAGAAGAGUAAAAGAGUUGUAUAAUACUUACAAGAACAACAUAGGAGGACUCCUGGGACCUGCUAAAAGAGAUGCAUGGUUGCAAUUAAGAGCAGAGAUUGAAGCUCUGACAGACUCCUGGCUAACAAAUGCACUUAAAUCAUUAUCAAUUAUCAGCACAAGGAGUAACUGUGUAAAUGUGUUGGUAACAACAACCCAGCUUAUCCCAGCACUUGCAAAAGUCUUGUUAUACAGCUUAGGAGGAGCUUUUCCUAUUGAAAAUAUUUACAGUGCAACCAAAAUAGGAAAAGAAAGUUGCUUUGAACGAAUAAUGCAAAGGUUUGGCAGAAAAGUAGUGUAUGUUGUAAUUGGGGAUGGUGUAGAAGAAGAACAGGCAGCAAAAAAGCACAACAUGCCUUUCUGGAGGAUAUCCAGUCAUUCGGACCUCUUGGCUCUCCAUCAAGCACUGGAACUAGAGUAUUUGUAACUGUGUUCUAAAGUUGGCGAUCCUUUUUAUAUAUAUAUAUAUUUCAAGUACACUGAAAUUUUAUGUGUGAUUCAGUGCCUCUGGCUUUACACAUAUGAAUUGUCUUAAGAAGGGAAGAAAUAUUUGGAAUUAAAAAUUCCAAAUUGAAGAAUUCAGAUUGCUGAAUGGAGUUAAAACGUUAGUGCUACGUAAGGAAGCUCUAUGGUCUUAUAUAUGCAACGUUUUUAAAUGAAUUAAAACUGUGGAGGUUGCUGGUACACACCAAAUGAGCCCUGACAGGAGUGAACAAAGGACUCAAACUGGCAAAGCACCAACACGCGUUUUCCAACCGACAAGGUGGUGUUCAACAACAUUCCUCAAAAUGGGAUAUAUUCUCAGCACUGAGGUUUGAACCAGACUUUAGCCUACCUAACCCAGAAAAUCUGAAUUGGAAUGCACUCAGACUGUAUAAUGACAAUCCUGUCUAGACCUGUAAUUUGUGUAAAUUAUUGAUGAAAAUAAUUUACUGUGACUUUAUUAGCAGCUGAUUUUGGAAGUGGAUGCAAUUUUUCUUUCUUUUUUGGGGGGACAGGGGAGGGAGAGGGUUAUAUAAUAUUGUCUCUUUUAUAAGUUUGGCAAACAGAAUGUGCAUAAUGAUGUGUUGUGCCUUAAAGAAAAGACUGUGUUUGUGUGUUAUAAUGUAAUUUUGGUUAAAAACUAUGUAGAUAAACAAAAAAACAAAACAACAACAAAAAAAAAGAUUUUGUGAUAAUUUUUGACAUGACCAAAUUUGAAAUUCAAAGAAAUCAAAGAGCAGGGCUGCACCAAAGCAUUUAAGUAUUUGCUGCAGUAAGAAAAAAAAAUAAUAAAGGAAAGUUUGUGUUUUUAUUCGGAUUCUCAGUAAUUCCAUUGAUUGUUUGAGGAAAGUUAAGAGUAUGUUGGGAGGUUGAUAUUGGGGACCGCUACCUUGAAAGCUAAAAAAAAAAAAAAAAAGUGUUUAACACCUUCAGCAUCAGUUCUUGAUUCUCUGAUGAGAGUGCUAAGAGCCAUAUUCGUGAAUUACUUAGUCUGCUGAAAGCCAUACAGUGAGUACAUCUGCUGUGUGUGAAAGAACAAAUUCCCACCCAGCAGAAAAAGGUACCUAGAGAUCACUGGUGGCAUUACCAGAGGGUGAAAAUGCGGUAUUAAGCACAGAUAAGGGAUAAAACACGAGUUCUUUAGAAAGAAAAAAAAAAAUCCCAAAGAAUCUCUUACCAGUCAGAUGCAUAAAUUAUUCUACAUUUAGUAUAUUCAGGAUCAACACAGGCUGCUGGAAUUGCUGGCAUUAUGACAUUGACCCUUUCAGGAGCACAGUCUAGCUUGGUAAAUAUAACAGCAUUUUGGUGGCUUUUCCAUUGUGUUCCACAUAAAUUUGUCUUCUGUCUUGGGUCAACAUGAUUUUCUUCACCUAUUUUUGAUUACAUAAGAGUAAUUCUGUGAUUCUGUGAUUACACAGAAGCAACACUAAGAGUCUUUGAAUCCAGAAAUUUCAAUAGCAUGUCAGAUAUAUGAACAGCAGAUAAGUAAGGGAUUUUUAAUGAAGAAAUAUUGAGAAAUAUAUUACCUUAAUUUUAUUCAUUUCUAUUAAUAAUUAUGGUCCACAUGGUGAUAAUUACCUUGCAAGUUUUGAACAUGCUGCCUUUCAGCUUUGGAAAAUGAGCAAGCUCUGUAUUUGACACAAGGUCCCUAGCAUCCUACAUGCAGCUUGAGCACUCUGAAGAAACUACAAGUGGUUCAUCUCUCUUUGCAGAAGAAGGAAACUGAUUUUUGGUGUAUAUCACUGUACAUCUAGAUGCCUAAGGUUUCCUGUGCUACGAGUGUGCAAGAGAUGUUAAAUGCAAACUCCAGAAUGCUUACACAAACACAGUAGUCAGCACUGAGAUGUUCUUCCAUCUAUGUGCUGUGAAGCACGUGCUGUGAAGCCAGCAUAUGUCUAGUCAUCAGGUAUUAAACAAAUUUCAUCUUUGUUGAUUGCAUGAAACUUAUUUGGUAGGCGAAAGCCUAAAGCCAUUAAAAGGCCAAUGCAAAACUCCUUUAUAAUUUCAUAAAAAUGGAAAUCUUUGCUGCUUUGGAAUUUGAUAUACAAGUCACCAGACAAUGAACUAAUGAUUUUUUAUCACUGGAAAGUAUGAAACCAUCAGAUGAGACUAGCGACAUAUAAAAUCAUUAUACACUAGCUACUUGGGUGAUAGAUUUGUGUGUCCAACAAGCAAAAAUGACAAAUACCUUCUUUAAAUAUACAGUAUUUGCCUAUUCAAAUUUGGCCUAAAAGUACAUUUUCAUAAAACCUGUGGUUCCAGCUUUUCGUAGUCUUUCAGGUGAGGAAAAAACGGGUUUCUACUGGAAUAGGAAAAAUUUUCAACAAAAAGCCCCGCUCAAGUUCCAGCAUCAGAACAUUGCAUGAGAAUCUCCGCAUAAAAGUUUUUGUUUUAAAAAAAUAAAAUAAAAAGUAAUAAUUGGUAUGGUGAAGUAGCUUAUAUUUAUUUUCCUUUUUCUUUUCUUUUUUCUUUUUUUUUUUUUUUUACAAGUGAUAGUGUUAUUUAAAUGCAUGAAGCAAUUUUAUUUCUUAAGUUUUGUUUUGUUUUGUUUCAGUUUUUCAGUGUUCUUUUCCAAAUCAGAAGUAAAAACAAGCAAUAACCAGCAACAAUUAUUAGUUCUUAUAAAAGGUUUGCAGUAGAGUUAUGUUCAACUCUCCAUGGCAGGUACAGCUCAAUUAAUAUACCGGACUUUCAGAGAGGAGAUAGAGGCAAAAGGAGGGAAAUUUUUCAGAACAAGACAAAGUUCUGAUUUUAAUUUGGAUUCUGUGUCUUAAUGUAGCAGAAGUUAAUUAUAAAGAUGAAAAAUCCACAAAAAUGCACCAAAAAAAUCAAAGAUUUAUCUCAAAAAACCUUCAUAAUCUUAAAAUUCUAAAGCAAAAUUUCAGAAUACAAAUACUCUCUUCCUAUGCAAAAUUUGUUAUAUAUAUCUUUGAAUGAAACUAUGUUUUGUAAGACUGCCUUGUAGAAAGAACUUACUCUGAUAAUAAUAAUAUACUGCACGAACUAUACAGAGGAGAAAAUAACCAAGGCAGAGUUGUAGUCAUGUGAGACUGUUUCAGAUGGGCCUGAGUAGAUUAAACUGAAGGUUGGUCAUUUUGACAUUGAGUGCAUUUUAAUUCAACAGCAUAUUCAUUAGAAACUGCCUUCCAUUCAUCCUCUCCUGAAUAACCAAGAUUGAGCACAAUGUCAUGUUUGCAAGUAUUUUGUGCAAAUGAAGUAUAGGAUAUAAUGCCUUUUGUUGAUUAGCAGUUUUCAGUCAGUACAGAACUUGAAUGUUCAUUAGGCAUUUGAAUAGUCAGCUUUCAGAAUACAAACACAGUGGGAUCGCAGUCACAAAGUAUUAACGUAAUAGAUAUAUAACUCCAUGCAGCUCAGUAUAUCAGUAAAAGAGGAAGCAAAAGCUAAAAUUGAUUUUUCUUUUUAGAUGCCUAUGGAGAUAGUAAACAAAGGUAUAGGUGGCAGCUAGCUCCCAGAACUGAUUUCACUAGAAGCAGCAGUGUUUACAUCCACAGUAGAUGCAGAGUAUAUUCCAGUGUAAGCACCAACAAGAGAGAUGCCAACCCAAAAUCCUGUAUACAAGCACACAUAAUAUCAGAGCAGGUGAAGUCCCACAACCAAUCAGAACUGCAGAGUUUAUGGGAAACAUGGACUUGGCACACAGUAGCAAGUCUAGAGUUUAGCUGUGAGGGUGUAUCCAGAUCCAGAGUUUUGGUUCAAAAGUCAUCUCUUCUUUACAAGAGUGAUACCAUGCAUAUGCUUUAAAUGAAUAUGGUAUUUAGUAUCUCUGAAGAGGAGCUGAAGUGACAUGAGCCAAAUCCCAGCAAAAGCAGCAUUUUUGAGAUAUAAUUGAAGCCAAGGGUCUCUGUCAUGUAUUAGAAGAUUAUAGUUUAUUAGGGCCUACAUAAUUUAAGAAAAUGUAAAUUAAAAUUGAAAGCUUGUAAAAUUAUGUACAUCUUUACUAUUUCUCAAUAAAUACACUUGGAAAUGUU